AUGAGUAACCCAGACCCAAGGGUCCAUAGAGCAAGGGCAGGCCGAGGCCAAGCAGGUGCUAGAGGAAGGGCAAAAAAGGAUCGCCGACUGGAUAGGCUUCUGCAAGCCCUGGAAACCAUGAGAAAUCUAAUGGGACAGCAAGCUCAAAAUCAAGCUGCUGCUACCGCUGCUCAUAAUGAUGCCCUAUUAGUCGGAGACGGGAAUGAGGAUCGACCGAUGCACAGGCUAGUUGAGCAGUUCCUGAAAUUGAAGCCGUCAAUGUUUACUGGGACGGGAGAUCCAGAGGCAGUGACCUUAUGGAUCAAGGAGCUGGAGACAAUUUUCGCACUCCUAAGGUGCUCAAAAGAAGACAAGGUAAUGCUGGCGGUAUACCAACUGCAGGGUAAUGCCAGUAAUUGGUGGGAGGCCACUCAAGGAAGGAUCUUUCCUGAAGGCACAGUCCCAACUUGGGAUGCCUUUGUCGAAGCUUUUAACGGAAAGUACUUUUCCAAGUGCACACGUGAGCAGAAGAUGGAAAAAUUCCUGCGACUUCGCCAGAAUCAUCUGACCGUCGAUCAGUAUGAGGCCAAGUUCGCCGAGCUGUCAAAAUACGAACCUAGAAUGAUCGAGGAUCUGGUAGACAAAGCAAGGAGGUUCCGGGAUGGUUUGAAGCCGGAACUACAAAGUCAGUUGGUGUCCCUGAACCUGAAGGACUACAACGAGCUGUAUGAGCGGGCCUAA